GUCCAUAAGGAGCGAGCUGUCGGGUCCUUGAUUUGCUGGAGUAUACCCUCCACCACCACCCGUCACAGGUUCUAGGGUCACAGCUUCUAGGAUCGCCAUCCUAUGACGCAAGUAAAGCGUGGUACGACGACGCCUCUUGCUAAAAUCGAGCAGCCAGAAAGGGAUGGGCGCCAUCAUCACUCUGCUUUGGUCGUUUCGGUUCACAGUCAGUCGGUGAAUGCUUUCCUCGAUAUACCGCCGUGGAAAGUGUCCGUUCUGUCUCUCCCCAUCUUCAUCUGCAGCAUAAUUUGGGUGACACUGCUUGUCAUCUUCAUCCUCUACGCCAGUCAUAUGCGAUCCUUUGUCAAAGCCAUGGCCGACCGGAUGAAUCCACAAACUCCCCCAAGAAAAUUGUUCAAGCCCUCGAGCAAAACCAAGACGCCGACUUCUGGAAAAAAGCAGGGGCCAACUACCCCAACAACCUCGCACCACCAGUCCGAGACGACGGGCUUCACCCCUGGGGAAUCCGCAAAGCAAACCGGCGCUACGUCUCCGUCAACGAGACCAGCUACCAGACCUACCGCCGAUGAUAUAAGCAAAUCGGCCAUCUUAGCUCCCCUCACUAGUACAAACAUCCCCUCAGAUAGGGUUGAUGAUUAUACGAGCUCCGCUGCCGCGGGCAACCCUCCAGUUGGCUCGAUCGAUAACGACGUCCUCACCCCAACCGAUACGAUCAGCCAAAGCACACAUGUCCCUAGCAUCCUUUCGAGAGGCGCGUCGGAAGCUACUGUGGGCGCGAGGCCUGGUUCCUAUGAUGGGAUCCCAAGUAGUCCAGAACGAGACGCCAGUUACAUGGCUACUGGUUCAGGGCGGGAACACUCCCCUCUAAGAGAAAAAAUGCCAGAUCAGAGAAGAAAUACGGCUGCAAGUAUUGACGGGAAGCUCCAGGAAGUCUCCCACACUGCCAAUAUCAACCCGGCCAGACCAUUGAACCCCGCCGACAAUGCGAGCUCUUCACACAACAUUGCAGAAUACUUCGGCGAGCAAGGAAAUCCGGAAAUGAGCACUUCCGCAUCGGUAGUGGCAGGAACGGCAUCACGUAACACUACGGAUGCAAGCGGCGGCGCUACAAAUUCGAAAAAAGACCCGUUAGGAACCGAAGGCGAUAAACGGCCAAGCUCCCCUGAACCUGUCGGUCCCAGGAAGGCCGGACGGGUGGCGGGUGAUUCGGGAGAUCGGAACCUCGGCCUUGCACCGGCUAGCGUAAUAACCAGGCCUGAUACGGCCAGUAUUCCAGACGAGGCAAAAGUCAGCGGUCUUGAUCGAAACAGGGAGGCACAUCGAUCGGCCCGAGGCUUACCAUCCGGCAUCCAACAGACAGCUGCGAACACGAGGUCAGGUGCUCAAGCCGACGGUUCACGAACCUUGAAUAACUUGGGCAACCCCACACAUAUCGAACGAAGAAUCGAGUUUCCACUCCCGCGCCCCGAAAAGAUAGUGGACAGCCCCCCCGAUCCCAUUAAGCCCGAUACAAGCAACAUUACGGCUAGCCUUGGUGGUGCCAACGACCUACCAGGGACAGAGGACCUGCCAAGUACAGAAGAUCUAGCCAAUCUUCCGGGAGACGUAUCACAAGACCCCCCAGAGGAGAUAUUAGAUCCCUCGGUGCAUUCUGCGUCUACCAACGUCUCGCCUAUUCCUAAGGUCCCGAUAAUCACACCUCUCGCUAUGGAUGUGCCUCAUAAUCUCUCCCACCUCGCCCGGGGCCUUGGCGGCAAUACGGUCGAUGAUGUGGGGAAUAUUAUAGAUGCGUCUGGGAACGUUCUUGGCCAUGCUUCAGGUGACCUGCCGACUAUGGUUGGGAAGAAGAUCGCCGAGGACGGGAAAGUCUACGGUGACGGUGGAGAACUCAUCGGAUAUGUCUCAGAGAACUUCACAGCGCAGUCGCACUCGCCUAAUGGAACCGAAAGUGUCCUUGGAGGUUUGGCGGUCGAUCACCAUGGAAAUAUCCUCGAUGCAAGCGGCAAUAUUAUCGGCCACUUCAACGAUAAGUCCAAGGGAAGCAGUUACUUGCCUCCUUUCGAGGGCCAGUCCAAAACGAACCAAACACAGGCUGAGGAUAUAUCUCGGACGAAACCCGCGCUGAAUGUGAACGCGCACAGUGGCGGGAGCCCCUCGGACAUCUUUCUGGAUGUAAAAUCCACGACAGAUGGCAUUCAACUGAUAAUUCGUAUUCCUACAACGUUCGGGCGUCAGCAAUCGGAGCAGUAGCUAUUGGGAGGCUAUGGUACCUGGAGGUUGCGUGAGCCUAGGGUGGAGCAGUGGAGUUAUGCAUACAGGAUACCGCACAGUUAAAUACGCAAAUAUAUGUUUUU